UUGACUCUGUUGUCAACAUUAUGAGAGCUUUUUAUGAUUGUGACAAACAUGAAGAAAAUUUUCCCGGCCCAUCUUUUUAAGAUUUAAAUUAAUUGUUUUGCCACAUUUUUUAAUGGUCCUUUUAUAGAGAUUUAGAUGAGCUUUCGAUAGUUUCAGGUUUUUGUAUCAAAUAUUCGAGAUGUGAAACUGACGGAUAAAAUAAAUGGAAGCGAUAGAAUCUCUGAGAAUGAAAGUAGAGGAAAAUAAAUCUAUCUGCGAAAACACGCGACGCCUUAUUAUUCUGAUAGAAGCCAAGAAAGCUCAGAGUCGACCAGUUCAGCAGGAGAUCGAAGGCUUCGCUCAAAGUUCAGAUGCAAGUAUAAAUGGAAGUUUAGAUAGGAAUGCGACUAAUUCAAAUUCGGAAGCAGGCGAAAGUUAUGAAGAAAUUGAUAGUUUGGACCAAGAUUCAGAAUUGGAGGAUUUGUCAGAGUCAAACGAGCGUUAUUUCAUUCCGAAUAUUAAAACUUUCAGGCCGCAAAAACCCUUGUUUGUAUCCUUUAAGCGAAAAGACGUGAAAGAGCUCAAAAAGGAUUUUGGUAACUGCGAGAAACUAAUGUGUGCUGCUCUCAAUUCCAAUUGUCAUUUGAAGCUGGCGCUUUUGGUUGAAGAAGUCAAUUUUAGUGAAGAUAUUAAAGAGCAUUUUGGUUCAGAAUUGCAGCUCCAUCUAAAUUCUGACCACCUGAAACAAAAACUAAAACCAUCGUCGUUUGCCAAAUGUGUUCAUUUCGCCUUGGAGUCGUUGAGUGACGCUAGCCAUGGAUCGAGUAAACUAAACGAAAACCCAAAUGGGAAGCUCUUGUCAGUUCUGGAAGUUAAACCAGACGCAGAAUCAAGUGUAACAGUUUUCAGGCACCUCGACAAAGUUUGUUUUGUGGACUUCGAAAACGAUACUGUUUCCACUUUUGAUGACACAUCCAAAAACAAAGUUGCAUCAGGUCUGGCGUCCAUAGCGAAUUACCAAUUUAUUGACAUUCUAUCUGGUGUCAAAUGGGCUCGGUCCUGUAAAACAGGAUUUUGAAGCCUGCCUAAACAUAACCUUUUUAUUUUCAUGUCACUAUUAGUUUUCAUUCUUCGAUUCCCUCUAUCUCGACUUUUGGUCUGUUCCUAUUUUGAUCUGAACUAUUUUUGCAGAUCUGAAAUGAGUUCAUCUGAUUUGAUGCAUCCGAGAAGUGUGUUUCGGACCAAGCCAAACUUCGCUUUGCUAGCUGAGAAAUAUCCCGAAUUCAAAGAGUUCUGCUCACUGAACAUCAAGAACAAAUUGAAGUACGAUUUCAAGAAUCGUGAAGCUAUGCGGGUUCUAAGUCAAACAUUACUAGAACACUACUUUGGACUGAAAACAUGCAUACCUAGUAAUAAACUAAUUCCGACAGUGCCUCUGAGGCUAAAUUAUAUUUUGUGGAUUGAAGAUCUGAUAAACUUAUUACCGAAUGAGUCAAAUUCUGAGAAUAGACAAGUUCGGGGAAUUGACAUUGGAUGUGGCUCUUGUGCCAUUUAUAUGCUACUAGGAGCUAAAGUUCAUAAAUGGAAGUUUUUGGGUCUUUGUUUGGAAUCGGACUACGAAAAUGUUCACUCAUCUUUGGAAAAUAUAUCACUGAAUGACCUAAACGAUAGAAUUGAAGUUCAAAGAGUCGAAAAUGGUUACGCAUUGUCUGAUAUAUUGGAUCCAUCUUCAACAUGGACUUUCUGCUUAACGAAUCCUCCGUUUUACGAUACAGAUACUUCUUCAGAAGCAGGAUCUGCGAACGAAUGUUCAACUCCGGGUGGAGAAACGUCAGUUAUUUCGACCUUAAUCGACCACAGUCUGAUAGUUGGACCUCGAGUACAAUGGUAUACUGCAUUGGUCGGAAUCAAAAAGAACCUGGCGCCACUUAAACAAAGACUGAGUGCAAUUGAAGCGGUGAGAAGAGUUGAAACGACUGAGUUUAGACAAGGGAAGACGUGGCGAUGGGGACUCGCGUGGACCUUCUGCGACAACGUCAGUGCUCCUUUGCCGAACUACUCUUCGAAAAAACGAAAUGCAAUUAAACCUAAUGAUAAAAGUGUAUGCAAACCAGUCGAAUGGUCAAUUGCUGUAAAUGAGUUUGCAAACCUCAUGCAUUUAGACAAGGAUUUGGAGAAGUUUCAAUCAAUUUCACAAAUGGCACAAGAAUUGCUGAAAGAUUUGAGUGAUGUGGUUGUUGAAAGUAUAUCAGAUAUACCAUCUUGUCUGAAAUUGAAAUUAGUUGCGAAAAAAGUGACAUGGAUUCAUAGUCGCCGGCAAAGGCGCGCCAACAAAAAAUCAAAAGAGUCUCCAGAAAAGAUGGAACAGGAGCUAGACAAAGAUUUCCCUACUGGAAAUGAGGAAUCAUGUUUGAUAAACAAUCGAAAAUUGAAAAGGAGCUUAAUCGGUGUUGAUCAUUUAAGUGUUUCUACUGACGUCUCUUUUCAUCCACCUGUGAGUAAAGUGCGCAGACUUGAAGACGAGAAUGUCGCGGAAGAUUUAGAUUCUGGCAUCAGUUUCGAAACCUCAAAAGGAACAAACGCAGACAGCUCUUCAUCACCGAAAGAACAAAUUUCUUCUCCAAGUUUUUCAGACACAAGUUUUUUCUCGGAUGAGAAAGAGAUCGCAAAAGAUGUUAAUGAAGAAAUGGUUGAUGAAGAUGCCCUGAGUUGUUCAAUUGUUUUCAAGCUAGCUAAGCAAAGUUUCGUGAUGACCUUCUCGACUGUACAUACGAACCAGAAGGAAAGCUUGAACUCAUUGAUGCUGUAUGUAAAAGGAGCUAUAAACAGAUAUAAAGAUGAACGUGCAUAAAUUGUGUUUGUUUAGUUUAAAUAACGUUUAAAAUUCAUUCAAAAAUAUGUCUAUUCUCAUUUAAACCUGAACUUAACUUAUUGAGAACAAUAUUUUUUAUGU